ACUCCACUCCCACUCUCUUUGAUUCCCCAUGCCCUCUCACUCCUUAUUUCGCGCCCCUCUCCCAUUCCCGUUUGACCACCUCGGCACUCUCCAAACCCUUCUUUGACCACCACCAACACUCCCCACUUUUUACUAACCAAAACCUGCAUUUUUGUUCUCAUUCUCUCAGACAUUUUAUCAAACACUUGGCACCAUUCACAUUCAAAUCAUUCCUAUGAACAACCACACCAAAACCACUAGCCCAAACAAUCAUGGGUCUUGCUCAAAAUCACCAGAUCUUAACAUCCAAGAUCUUAGUUUCACUUCAUCUAGCCCCAGAACAGAUUUAAGCAUUAGUACCAUUAGUACUUGUAAUAAUAAUAAUAAUAAUAAUAAAGAAAAAGAUGGUAUUCAUUCAAAUGAAGUAGAAUCUUUUCAAGAUAGUCAAAAAACUAGCUUAAGUAAUUCCUCCAGUAGUUUUUCAUACAAUAAUCUUGACCAAAAUGAGCCCAAAGGCUCAAACUUUAUCCCAUCGAAACCGCAUAAAUCGAACGAUAUUCGAUGGGAUGCAAUUCAGUCAGUAAAGUGUAAAGAUGGUGACUUAAAUUUAUCACAUUUUAGGUUAUUGAAAAAACUUGGAUUUGGGGAUAUUGGGAGUGUUUAUUUAGCUGAGUUAAGGAAUAUGGGGUGUUUAUUUGCAGUUAAAGUAAUGGAUAAAGGAAUGUUAGUUGGUAGGAAAAAAUUAGCUAGAGCUCAAACUGAAAGGGAUAUUUUAGGAAUGUUGGAUCAUCCUUUUCUUCCAACGCUUUAUUCGCAUUUCGAUACGGACAAGCUUUCGUGUUUGUUGAUGGAGUUUUGUAGCGGUGGUGAUCUUCAUAUUCUUCGACAACGACAGCCUGGCAAACAUUUUUCGGAACAAGCUGCAAGAUUUUAUGCUUCUGAAGUGCUUCUUGCUUUAGAGUAUCUACACAUGAUGGGUGUGGUAUACAGAGAUUUAAAGCCGGAAAAUGUUUUAGUUAGAGAAGAUGGUCAUAUAAUGUUGUCUGAUUUCGAUUUAUCAUUAAGGUGUCUUGUUAACCCAAGACUAGUUAAGUCAACAAACGAGCCAUCUUGCACUGGGGCUUCCUAUUGUAUUCAGCAAUCUUGCAUUGAGCCCUCUUGCAGGUUACCGGCUUGUGUUGAGCCUACUUGCUUCCAACCUUCUUGUUUUAAGCCCCGUCUUUUCAGCUCUUCCAAAACAUCAAAAUCCAAAACAGAAAAAAAUAAGACUACCGUAAGCUUAGAUUCACGUCCUGUGCUUAUAGUAGAACCAACUGCGGCUAGGUCCAUGUCGUUUGUUGGGACCCACGAGUAUUUAGCACCUGAAAUCAUUAGAGGAGAUGGUCAUGGGAGUGCGGUUGAUUGGUGGACGUUUGGUAUAUUUUUGUAUGAAUUGCUUCAUGGGAAAACACCGUUUAAAGGCAAUGGAAAUCGAGAGACGUUGUUUAAUGUUGUUGGCCAGUCCUUAAAGUUUCCCGAAGGGUCAAACAUUAGUUUCGCAGCAAAGGAUUUGAUUCGGGGUCUUCUUGUUAAGGAUCCACAAAAAAGAUUAGGAUACAAAAGAGGAGCAACGGAGAUUAAACAACAUCCAUUUUUUGAAAGCAUAAAUUGGGCUCUUAUUCGAGGUAUUCACCCUCCCGAGAUUCCAAAACCUGUCGACCUUUCGUUCUUGAAUCAAACAGUCAAGUCAUCGUUGCCUCAGAACGACAAGAAAGCAUCUGACUCGGAUAGAUCAUCAGGUCCUUAUUUAGAUUUCGAAUUCUUUUAGUUGGUUUUCAUAAUGGUUCACUAAUCCCUUCUUUGCUAAUUGUGUUCACUUUCUCAAUGAAAAUUUUGGUUUUCUUUGUUAUUA